AUGUUUCUAUUAUCUAAUGUUUUAUUUUUUCUAUCGAUCUUCAUUCUAUCUAGUAAAGCAAAUUUCGAUAUUCAAUGUUCAAAUGGUCGACAAGCUCUUUGGUCAUUUGAUAUGUUUAAUUUUACUUUUUCAGUACAUUGUUCUACACCUGGUCAAUCAUGUCGUAAUAAAACAGGCAGAUGUAAUAAACAAUUUUUAUGUUGUCCACGUACAUUUAAAAUGUCAUCGAAAUCUCAAUUAUAUGAUCGAGCAUCCGAUAUAAAACUUAUUCGUAUUGGUAAUGAUUAUAAAAAUCUUUAUCGUCUAUUUGAAAUACAUUUAUUAUCAAAUUCUGAAGCGAAUUAUGAUUUUCGUACACGUUGGCUUUUCUUUGAUAAAACAUUACGCGAUUUAUUUGAAAUGCCAAAUGCAAAAUUUUGGUUUUCAAUUAUAGAUUGUAUGCAAAAUCAUGGUAUUGCAUAUGCAUAUGUUCCUCUUAAUGCAACAUCAAUUACAUCUAAUAUAAGUGCGAUGACAAUUUUAACAAGACAAAAAAAUUCAACUGAUAGUAUAUAUAUAUGUUAUAUGGCAACAAGAAAACAACAUCGACGACAAGGUUUAGGGACACGUUUAUUACAACAAAUUGUUCAUCGAGCAUUACAUGAACAAAAACAUGGUAUUAAAUAUAUAACAAUGCAUGUAAAUACAUUAAAUAUUAUUGCACUUGAAUUGUAUGAAAGAUGUGGAUGGCGAUGUUAUGAUUAUUUACCUUCAUAUCUUGAUCAUGAUCCACAUCAUAUAACAAAUCAUGCAUAUGCAUUAAGACUUCAUUUAGAAAAUGUAAAGAAUGUUACGAGUUUAUGUCGAGAUUCAAAGGCUAUUCAUAUGAAUCCAUUCGAUAAUGAACUAAGUAUACGAAAUUGUAAUCGUACACCUGUUCAUUUAUAA